UCAAACGUCAAACAAAUAUCAAAAUCAAAACAAGUUUCAUCUUUGCUGCGAUCUGCGUCUGAUUGUAGAAAGUUUAUUGAUCUUCUAUCGUCACAGUCUUUGUUAGGCUAAUAUGAUUAAAUAGCCAAUCUACGCAAGAUAUAAAAUUAUUCAACUCGGGUAAAUUUUAGUUUGAAAUCGUUAUAAACACUAAAUACCAUGGGAGCCGUUCUGGGGCUUUGUUCAGCUGCUCAGCUGGCAUGCUGCUGCGGCAGUGCAGCAUGUUCUCUGUGCUGCUCUGCGUGCCCGUCGUGCGCCAACUCCACGUCCACGCGGCUCAUGUACUCCCUGAUGCUGCUGCUGGUCAUGGUGGCUGCGGCGAUCACCCUUGCGCCGGGCCUGCAUGAUGAGCUGAAGAAGGUACCAUUUUGUGCAAAUUCGACAGGAUUAGUUCCAUCAACCUAUAAAGUGGAUUGUGAUCAGGCUGUGGGAUAUUUGGCAGUUUACAGGAUUUGUUUUGCAGCAUGUCUCUUCUUUGUCCUCAUGGCAGCAAUAAUGUUGGGUGUGAGAUCUUCCAAAGAUCCACGAGCUGGCUUGCAAAAUGGUUUCUGGGGCAUCAAAUACCUGCUCGUGAUUGGCGGUAUCAUCGGCGCGUUCUUCAUCCCGGAGGGCUCGUUCGCGAGCACGUGGAUGGUGUUCGGCAUGGUCGGCGGGUUCGGCUUCAUCGUCAUCCAGUUGGUGCUCAUUGUCGACUUCGCGCACUCCUGGGCCGAGCGCUGGGUUUCGAACUACGACGAGACGGAGUCGCGCGGCUGGUACGCGGCGCUGCUGCUGGCCAUGAUGUCGUGCUACGCGCUCACGCUCACUGGCAUCGUGCUGCUCUAUGUCUACUACACUAAGGCCGACGGCUGCGACUUAUCCAAGUUCUUCAUCUCCAUCAACCUGAUCCUGAUCGUGAUCAUGAGUGCCGUCUCCAUCCUACCCGCGGUGCAGGAGCACCAGCCGCGCUCCGGCCUGCUGCAGUCGUCUGUGGUCUCGCUCUACGUGGUGUUCCUCACCUGGUCUGCAUUGUCUAAUGGCGAUAGCCAGUGUAAUAGCAUUGCUGGCGGGAAUGAGGAGACUCCGGCCGGUAGAUACUGGGCAUCGUUCGACAAGCAGUCCAUCAUCGGGCUGGUGAUCUGGGCGUGCAGUGUGCUGUACUCCUCCAUCCGGACCGCCUCCAACUCCUCCAAGAUCACCAUGAGCCAGCACAUCCUCGCCAAGGAGGGAGGAGGGCAAGGAGGGCUCAUUGAUAAUGAAGAGUAUGAUUCCAUAGAGGGCGGCGACGGCGGCGAGGCGGGCGCCUCCGACACCAAGGUCUUCGACAAUGAAGGUGACGGCGUGGCCUACUCCUGGACCUUCUUCCACAUCGUGUUCGCUCUGGCCACGCUGUACAUCAUGAUGACACUUACUAAUUGGUACAACCCGAGCUCGCAACUGUCGAAGGAGAACGUGGCGUCGAUGUGGAUCAAGAUCACCUCGUCGUGGCUGUGCGUGGGCCUCUACCUGUGGACCCUGGUCGCGCCGGCGCUGCUGCCCGACCGCGAGUUCAACUAGACCUGGACCUAUUGUGGACCUAGGAGGGUGGCUUUACGAAAAUGAGAAGGACCGAUUCAGCGCACGACUCAACAGGGCUACUACCAAAAUCGAACGAACAAACUAGAGCUGUCAUGCAAUCGGUAAGCCUAAUACAACGAGAUAGAGCCGUGGUUCGCGCAGCGCUCCGAAACUUCGGAACAACAGAUAUGCAGUGAUAACCGUGUGCCGAUUGCGUGACUCGUUCGUCGAUUUAGAGAGUGACCUCCGUGUCGCGUUACAUUAGACGUGACGUAGCAUCUGGCUCUAUCGUUUUCGUAAAGCUUAUGUCACCCACCUGGACGUCCUAAUAGGGAAUUUAACUAGUACCAUCUUACACUUAUACACUAUACUGGCUGGAAUUGCAUCAGUGAUCGAGUUAGACGAUAAAAUUCCACUCAGUAUAGUACAUACAAUCAACUCGUUCGCGUUUCGAUGUGUUGGGCCUGUUUACACACAAAAUACGUGUUGCCAAUUUAGAUGUGCGUAUUUUUUGUGCAAAUAUACCCACAUUGCUUGCUCACCAUCUAGCAAACUGUACGUUAUAGUAAGGACUUGGUGUUAGAUCGCCAAGGCAACCCUCAAUCACGCUGCUCCCGCGAUAAUCUAAAUCGUCAAUUCAUUGAAGUAUCCCUUAUUCAUAAAAAAAACUUACCUA